AUGGCUACACCACGGAUGACAUUGAGUUCUACUGGCGAGGGGGAGAUGGAGCCGUGUCUGGGGUGGAGAGAAUAGAACUGCCUCAGUUCUCCAUCGUGGACUACAAACUGGUCUCCAAGAACGUGGUCUUCUCUACAGGUUCCUACCCCCGUCUGUCACUGAGCUUCAAGCUAAAGAGGAACAUCGGCUACUUUAUCCUCCAGACCUACAUGCCCUCGAUCCUGAUCACCAUCCUGUCUUGGGUCUCCUUCUGGAUCAACUAUGAUGCCUCCGCUGCCAGAGUGGCCCUGGGUAUCACUACGGUGUUGACCAUGACCACCAUCAACACCCAUCUGAGAGAGACUCUUCCUAAGAUCCCUUACGUCAAGGCCAUAGACAUGUACCUGAUGGGCUGCUUCGUGUUCGUCUUCCUGGCCCUGCUGGAGUACGCCUUUGUCAACUACAUCUUUUUUGGACGGGGGCCCCAGAGGCAGAAGAGGGCCGCCGAGAAACUAGCCGUCGUCAACAAUGAGAAACUCCGACCCGACCCCAAUAAGUGGAUGGUGGGAAAUGUAGUUCAGAGAGAUGAUGCUCUGUAUGCCAGAAUGAAACAGAGGGAAAUUGACGCGUAUGACACGAUGUGGGAUCCCAUCUUUGUGGACGAUGCCGCAUUAGGACUAGGCGAGCAAAGAAAUAAGAUGACCACCUCCCUGACUGAUGACAACAUCCUGUUUGACAGCCACUCCCGCAGGGCCGCCUUGGCCCGCCAGAACUACGGCGGCGGACCCCACAGCGCCCUGGAGCGCCACGCCACCCAGAAGAAGUCCCGCCUACGGAGACGGGCCUCGCAGCUCAAGGUCAACAUCCCUGACCUGGCUGAUGUGAACUCUAUCGACAAGUGGUCCAGGAUGAUCUUCCCUACCGUGUUCUCCUUCUUUAACGUGAUCUACUGGCUGUACUACGCUCACUAAGGAGAGAUGGAUGGAGGAAUAUCAUGGAUGAGAGAGAGAGAGAGAGAGAGAGAGAGAGAGAGAGAGAGAGAGAGAGAGAGAGAGAGAGAGCACCUAUUUUUUUUCUGAUUCAUUUUAAAGAAAUGUGUGAAAUAAAAGAAAAUCAUUUUGUAAGGAAGGAGCGCAACACCCAAACACUUCUUCUACAGUCAGCUUCUAUCUGCCGUGACUCUUUUAUGAUCUGGGAAUAACCUCUAACGACUGACUGACACUUCAACAGAGGAGAGGAGAGAUUUUAAAAAGACAAGACAGACAGACAUGGUGCCUGUUCCUGAAGAAAUUUCAAUAUAUCACUCUAAUAUUUGUCAUUCGUAGCUUAACUCUCUGUGGAGCAAAUAUUUAUGCUUGUGUUUGCAUAUACUUUAAGGAUUUGUUUAGUUUUAGUCUAUGUAUUUCGUUCAUAGCCGAGCUAUCUGCAUCCAGGAAAGCUUUUCUCGAGGGUUUUAAAGGGGUUCAUCCUUGAUUAAACUAUUUUCCUGUAGUUAUUGUAAUACAAAAACAUUCUUUAAAAAGCAUGCUUCUAUUUCAUUUCUGCUGCAUCUCCAUCUUUAUCGAUGGAGCACAAAGCAUUUGAGUUUUUAACUAGUUGAGGUUUUUUUCUUCUGUGUAGCAAAGAGUGUCUGCAGAACUCUUUGCACCCCCAUACUGUAGCUUAGGCUGAGCUUGGGGUUCAAUUGGGGACCAACAACAAUGGGCUACUGUAAGAAGAUAGUACCGCAGAUGGUCAAUAGGGGGCACUCUUCUCUAUGGACAUUCCAAUGGGUCUUCAGUGUUGCCGUUUCUGUCCUGCCAAUUUGUGGGUUCAUGACCUUUAACCUAGAGAUCAUGACCCAUCAUCCAUUCUGGCCAUUGAAGUUCCCGUGAAGGUUUCAUAUGUAAAAUUAUGGUACGACCGUGGAUCUUGAAGCUCUAACCUGCCAAGUGUUUUUUGAUCUGACUCUUGUUGUACUGACAGAAUCUAGUAGUCCAUCAUAUCCAACUGGCCUGGUUUAAAGAGAGAGACAGUACUGUAUAACCCUUUGCCUCUGCAUUGCCAGUGUGGGCGGCAUCAAGGGGAGAGAAUGGCUUUGUUUAUUUAUUACCCGGGGGGGGCGCUUAUGUACAUUGCUGAUGGACAUCAAGAGAGCUAAGCCCAUCUUUCAUUGCAAUGAAAGUUGCUGCAUAAAUCUAGUAAUCCACAAUCAUAUCAAUAGAGUUUAUUGGUUCUACAACUUUGACACGUUCCAUUGUGAUUAGGUUUUAUGUUUUGAUGAAUUGUAGAUAUAACGUUUUAAAAAUCAUGUUAUAAAGGACAUGGUCCAUUUUUAUAAACUAAAUAUUCAUGAAAAGCCAGAUGUAUAAAUAUUAUGAAUGAAUUAUAUAUUUAAAUGGGUCUGUUGUUGUUUUUUGCAGUCUAACUAACAGGUAAAAUGUACCGUGGCCAGAUUAUAAAAAGAAAAAAUCUUAAAUUCAUUGAAGGAAAAAAUAUAUAUAUACUUUUUUCUGACACUGUACUUUGUACUUGGAGUUUUUUCUUUGUUUAUAUUUCUUAUUUUUUUCCCAUUUCUUUCUACUUUUAAAAGCAGCUACUUGGCAGCGAGGAAACUGAAGCUCUACCAACUACCAGACACUAAUAAACCAUUAGUCUUUUUAUGCAUGGUUCAAAACCAUUUUUUCUCUCUCCAGAAAUGACUGUGACAGGAAUCAACCCGAGGUGAAUCAACCACGUUACCACCACGCAUCAGGCAUAUUUUCUACGAAGUUCCUGUAAAUUCCAAUUGUAAUAUUUCAUAAUAAUGACUCAUGUAAAUAACUUGUGUAUUGAUUGUCAGCCAUUAUGAAGAUGUACCUAAAUUCAAUUAAAACUCAAUUCAGCCUA